AUGGCGCAGGUACCAGGGGAAGUGGACAACAUGGAGGGCCCACCUGCCCCGAACAAUAACAACCCUACAACUCGCUGGGAGAGUCCGGAUUGGGGCUGGGAGCGGGAGCAGCCGGUCGCCUCCACUGCAGCUGCCUCCCUCUUUGAGUGCUCCCGAAUCAAGGCCUUGGCAGACGAGCGGGAGGCCGUGCAGAAGAAAACCUUCACCAAGUGGGUGAACUCACACCUCGCCCGCGUGGGCUGCCACAUCGGGGACCUCUAUGCGGACCUCCGGGACGGUUUCGUGCUCACCCGGCUCCUGGAAGUGCUGUCUGGGGAGCAGCUGCCGAGGCCCACGCGCGGCCGCAUGCGGAUCCACUCGCUGGAGAACGUGGAUAAGGCGCUGCAGUUCCUGAAGGAGCAGCGUGUGCACCUGGAGAAUGUGGGCUCACACGACAUCGUGGACGGGAACCACCGGCUGACCCUGGGGCUGGUCUGGACCAUCAUCCUGCGCUUCCAGAUUCAAGUCAUCAAAAUUGAGACCGAGGACAACAGAGAGACGCGCUCGGCCAAGGAUGCGCUGCUCCUGUGGUGUCAGAUGAAGACAGCUGGUUACCCCGAGGUAAACAUCCAGAAUUUCACCACCAGCUGGCGGGAUGGCUUGGCCUUCAAUGCCCUCAUUCACCGGCACAGGCCUGAUCUCGUGGACUUCAGCAAACUCACCAAGUCCAACGCCAACUACAACCUUCAGAGAGCCUUCCGCACGGCUGAGCAGCACCUAGGGCUGGCGCGUCUGCUGGACCCUGAGGAUGUGAACAUGGAGGCUCCGGAUGAGAAGUCCAUCAUCACCUACGUGGUCUCCUUCUACCACUAUUUCUCCAAGAUGAAGGCUCUGGCUGUGGAGGGAAAGCGGAUUGGGAAGGUCCUGGACCAAGUGUUGGAGGUGGGGAAGAUCAUUGAGCGCUAUGAGGAGCUAGCGGCCGAGCUGCUGGCCUGGAUCCACCGGACCGUGGGCCUCAUCAGCAACCAGAAGUUUGCCAACUCGUUGAGUGGGGUACAGCAGCAGCUUCAGUCGUUCACGGCCUAUUGCACGCUGGAGAAGCCCGUCAAGUUCCAGGAGAAGGGGAACCUGGAGGUGCUGCUCUUUAGCAUCCAGAGCAAACUGCGCGCCUGCAACCGCCGCCUCUUCGUGCCCCGGGAGGGCUGUGGCAUCUGGGAUGUCGACAAGGCAUGGGGUGAGCUGGAGAAGGCCGAGCACGAGCGGGAGGCUGCCCUACGGGCCGAGCUGGUCCGCCAGGAGAAGCUGGAGCUACUGGCCCAGCGGUUUGACCACAAGGUGGCCAUGAGGGAGAGCUGGCUGAACGAGAACCAGCGCCUGGUCUCCCAGGACAACUUUGGGUAUGAGCUGCCAGCAGUGGAGGCAGCCAUGAAGAAGCACGAGGCAAUCGAGGCUGACAUCGCGGCCUAUGAGGAGCGCGUGCAGGGCGUGGCGGAGCUAGCCCAGGCAUUGGCGGCUGAAGGCUACUAUGAUGCCCGGCGGGUGGCAGCCCAGCGCGACAGCGUCCUGCGCCAGUGGGCCCUGCUGACUGGGCUGGUAGGUGCCCGGCGGACACGGCUCGAGCAGAACCUGGCCCUGCAGAAGGUCUUCCAGGAGAUGGUGUACAUGGUGGACUGGAUGGAAGAGAUGCAGGCUCAGCUGCUGUCCCGGGAGUGUGGGCAGCACCUGGUGGAGGCGGAGGACUUGCUGCAGAAGCAUGGGCUGCUGGAGGGGGACAUUGCAGCCCAGAGUGAGCGGGUGGAGGCGCUCAACGCCGCUGCUCUUCGCUUCUCCCAGCUGCAGGGCUACCAGCCCUGCGACCCUCAGGUCAUCUGCAACCGAGUGAACCACGUUCACUGCUGUCUGGCGGAGCUGCAGGAGCAGGCGGCGCGGCGGCGCGCGGAGCUGGAGGCGUCUCGAAGCCUGUGGGCACUGCUGCAGGAGCUGGAGGAGGCCGAGAGUUGGGCACGCGACAAAGAGCGCCUUCUGGAGGCCUCCAGUGGCGGCGGCGCGGCGGGAGCAUUCGGAGCUGACCUUGAUGGGCUCCUGGACUGGCUUCGCGACGCCUACCGCUUGGCGGUUGCCGGCGACUUCGGUCACGACGAGGCGUCCAGCCGCCGCCUGGCGCGCCAGCACCGCGCGCUCACCGGGGAGGUGGAGGCGCAUCGCGGGUCCGUGGGCGGCCUGCGGCGCCAGCUGGCAACACUAGGGGGCGCCAGUGGCGUCGGAUCUCUGGUGGUGGCGCUGCAGGUGCGCGUGGUGGAGGCCGAGCAGUUGUUCGCCGAGGUGACCGAAGUGGCCGCGCUGCGGCGCCAGUGGCUGCGCGAUGCUCUCGCUGUCUACCGCAUGUUCGGCGAGGUGCACGCCUGCGAGCUGUGGAUCGGCGAGAAGGAGCAGUGGCUGCUCGCCAUGCGCGUGCCCGAUUCACUCGACGAAGUCGAGGUGGUGCAGCACCGAUUCGAGAGCCUGGAGCAGGAGAUGAACAGCCUGAUGGGCCGUGUCCUGGACGUGAACCACACAGUCCAGAAGCUGGUGGAAGGAGGCCACCCCAGCUCAGAAGAGGUGCGCUCCUGCCAGGACCACCUCAACAGCAGGUGGAACCGCAUCGUGGAACUGGUGGAACAGCGCAAAGAGGAGGUGAGCGCGGUGCUGCUGGUGGAGAACCAUGUGCUGGAGGUGGCAGAGGUCCGCGCCCAGGUGCGCGAGAAGCGACGAGCAGUAGAGAGCGCGCCCCGCGCUGGCGGCGCCCUACAGUGGCGCCUUAGCGGCCUGGAGGCGGCUCUGCAAGCGCUGGAGCCAAGACAGGCGGCUCUCCUGGAGGAGGCGGCCCUACUGGCCGCGCGCUUUCCCGCGCAGGAGGCGCGGCUCAGCCAGGGCGCAGAAGAGCUGGGCGCCGAGUGGGGCGCGCUGGCAGGCGCGGCUCAGGCCUGCGGCGAGGCGGUGGCGGCGGCCGGGCGCCUGCAGCGUUUCCUGCACGACUUGGACGCUUUCCUGGACUGGCUGGUGCGCGCCCAGGAGGCAGCGGGAGGCGGCGAGGGGCCCCUGCCCGGCAGCCUGGAAGAGGCGGAUGCGCUGUUGGCGCGCCACGCCGCUCUCAAGGAGGAGAUGGACCAGCGCGAGGAGGACUAUGCGCGCAUCGUGGCGGCCAGCGAGGCGCUGCUCGCGGGGGACGGCGCUGAGCUGGGCCCGGGCCUGGCGCUCGACGAGUGGCUGCCGCACCUCGAGCUCGGCUGGCACAAGCUGCUGGGCCUGUGGGAGGCGCGCAGGGAGGCGCUGGUGCAGGCGCACGUCUACCAGCUCUUCCUGCGCGAUCUGCGCCAGGCGCUCGCUGUGCUUCGCAACCAGGAGAUGGCGCUGUCGGGUCCCGAGCUCCCGAGCACCUUGGAGUCGGUGGAGGAGGCGUUGAAAAGGCACCGGGAUUUUCUCACCACGAUGGAGCUGAACCAGCAGAAGAUGCAGGUGGCCGUGCAGGCUGCGGAGGGCCUGCUGAGACAGGGCAACGCCUACGGCGAGCAGGCCCAGGAGGCCGUGGUGCGGCUGCUGGAGAAGAGCCAAGAAAACCAACUACAGGCUCAGCAAUGGAUGCAGAAGCUACACGACCAACUUGAGCUGCAGCACUUCCUCCGAGACUGCCACGAGCUGGAUGGCUGGAUCCAUGAGAAGAUGCUGAUGGCGCGGGAUGGCACGCGGGAAGACAGCCAUAAGCUGCAUAAGAGAUGGCUCCGGCACCAGGCAUUCAUGGCCGAGCUGGCUCAGAAUAAGGAGUGGCUGGAGAAGAUUGAGAGGGAGGGCCAGCAACUGAUGCAAGAGAAGCCCGAGCUGGCAGCCUCGGUGCGGAAGAAGCUGGGUGAGAUCCGGCAGUGCUGGGCAGAGCUGGAAAGCACCACCCAGGCCAAGGCGCGGCAGCUCUUCGAGGCCAGCAAGGCUGACCAGCUGGUGCAGAGCUUUGCUGAGCUGGACAAGAAGCUCCUUCACAUGGAAAGCCAGCUGCAAGACGUGGACCCUGGUGGGGACCUGGCCACCGUCAACAGCCAGCUCAAGAAGCUGCAGUCGAUGGAGUCGCAGGUGGAGGAGUGGUACCGCGAGGUGGGAGAGUUGCAGGCGCAAACCGCCGCGCUGCCGCUGGAGCCGGCGAGCAAGGAGCUGGUGGGCGAGCGGCAAAACGCGGUGGGGGAGCGCCUGGUGCGCCUGCUCGAGCCGCUGCAGGAGCGCCGCCGCCUGCUGCUUGCCUCCAAGGAGCUGCACCAGGUGGCGCACGACCUGGACGACGAGCUAGCCUGGGUCCAGGAGCGGCUGCCACUGGCCAUGCAGACAGAGCGAGGCAACGGCUUGCAGGCUGUCCAGCAGCACAUGAAAAAGAAUCAGGGCCUGCGGCGGGAGAUCCAGGCUCAUGGGCCGCGGCUGGAGGAGGUGCUGGAGCGCGCGGGCGCGCUGGCAUCGCUGCGCAGCCCGGAUGCAGAGGCUGUGCGCAGCGGCCUGGAGCAGCUGCGGGGCGCCUGGGCCGGUCUGCGGGAGGCGACCGAGCGGCGGCAGCAGGCGCUGGACGUCGCCUUCCAGGUGGAGCAGUACUACUUCGACGUGGCCGAGGUGGAGGCGUGGCUAGGCGAGCAGGAGCUGCUCAUGAUGAGUGAGGACAAGGGCAAGGACGAACAAAGCACCCUGCAGCUGCUCAAGAAGCACCUGCAGCUGGAGCAGGGCGUGGAGAAUUACGAGGAAAGCAUCGCGCAGCUGUCGCGCCAGUGCCGGGCGCUGCUGGAGAUGGGACAUCCGGACAGUGAGCAGAUCAGCCGGCGACAGUCUCAGGUGGACCGCCUGUAUGUGGCGCUCAAGGAGCUGGGUGAGGAGCGCCGGGUGGGCCUGGAGCAGCAGUACUGGCUGUACCAGCUCAGCCGCCAGGUGGACGAGCUGGAGCACUGGAUCGCCGAGAAGGAGGUGGUGGCUGGCUCACCCGAGCUUGGCCAGGAUUUUGAGCACGUCACAGUGCUGCAGGAGAAAUUCUCAGAGUUCGCCAGUGAGACAGGCACGGCAGGGCGGGAACGGCUGGCCGCGGUGAACCAGAUGGUGGAUGAGCUGAUCGAGUGUGGCCACACGGCAGCGGCCACCAUGGCUGAGUGGAAGGACGGGCUGAACGAGGCCUGGGCCGAGCUGCUGGAGCUCAUGGGCACGCGGGCCCAGUUGCUGGCUGCCUCCCGGGAGCUGCAUAAGUUUUUCAGUGAUGCCCACGAGCUUCAGGGGCAGAUCGAGGAGAAGCGGAGGCGACUGCCCCGCCUGACUGCCCCGCCGGAGCCAAGACCCAGCGCCAGCUCCAUGCAGCGGACCCUGCGCGCCUUUGAGCAUGACCUUCAGCUCCUCGUGUCCCAGGUACGGCAGCUGCAGGAGGGGGCAGCCCAGCUGCGGACGGUGUACGCAGGCGAGCAUGCGGAGGCCAUUGCCAGCCGGGAGCAGGAGGUGCUGCAGGGCUGGAAGGAGCUGCUGGCAGCCUGCGAGGACGCCCGCCUGCACGUCAGCUCCACAGCCGAUGCCCUGCGCUUCCACAGCCAGGCCCGCGACCUGCUCUCCUGGAUGGAUGGCAUUGCUGGCCAGAUUGGGGCAGCCGACAAGCCCAGGGACGUGUCCUCGGUGGAGGUUCUCAUGAAUUAUCACCAGGGCCUGAAGACCGAGCUGGAGGCUCGGCUGCCGGAGCUGACUGCCUGCCAGGAGCUGGGGCGCUCUCUGCUGCUCAACAAGAGUGCCAUGGCUGAUGAGAUCCAGGCGCAGCUAGACAAGCUGGGAACCAGGAAGGAUGAGGUGUCAGACAAAUGGGACCGCCAUUGGGAGUGGCUGCAGCAGAUGCUGGAGGUGCACCAGUUCGCCCAGGAGGCGGUGGUGGCCGAUGCCUGGCUGACGGCCCAAGAGCCGAUCCUGCAGAGCCGAGAGCUGGGCAGCAGCGUGGACGAGGUGGAGCAGCUUAUCCGGCGGCACGAGGCCUUCCGGAAGGCAGCGGCUGCCUGGGAAGAGAAGUUCAGCUCCCUGCGGCGCCUGACCACGAUUGAGAAACUCAAGGCUGAACAGAGCAAGCAGCCACCCACGCCCCUACUGGGACGCAAGUUCUUCGGGGACCCCACGGAACUGGCGGCCAAGGCGGCGCCCCUGCUGCGGCCCUCGGGCUACGAGAGGGGCCUGGGGGGCCUGGAGCCCCUGGCCCGCCGGGCCUCGGACACGCUGUCAGCCGAGGUGCGGACCCGGGUCGGGUAUGUGCGCCAGGAGCUGAAGCCUGAGCGCCUCCAGCCGCGCAUCGACCGGCUACCGGAGGUCCCGGUGAGGGUGGAGCCUGCAUCUCCGCCAGCCGCACCCGAGGACGCCACAGAGGCCCCCAGGGCCCCCGCGGUGGUGGAGCAGGACCGGCCGCGGCCAGAGCGCCAGGAGUCGGUCGAUCAACCCGAGGAAGCUGCGCGGAGGCGGCGGCCCGAGCGGCAGGAGUCUGCGGAGCACGAGGCGGCACACAGCCUUACCCUGGGCCGCUACGAGCAGAUGGAGCGGCGGCGCGAGCGGCGUGAGCGGCGUUUGGAGCGACAGGAGUCCAGCGAGCAGGAGACGCCCACCAGAGGAGACUUAACCAAGGGGAAGGCCACCCUGGCUGAUAUUGUGGAGCAGCUGCAGGAGAAAGAGGCAAGCCCCGGGCUCCCUGCUGGGCCGUCGCUGCCUCAGCCUCGCGAGCUUCCCCCCGGCCGCCUGCCUAACGGGCUUGAGCCGCCGGAGCGGACACCUCGGCCGGACAGGCCGCGGGCCCGGGACCGUCCCAAGCCGCGACGCCGGCCGCGCCCCCGGGAGGGUGGUGAAGGCGGGGGAAGCCGGCGCUCGCGCUCCGCCCCAGCCCAGGGAGGCUCCGCCCCCGCGCCUCCGCUCCCGCCCACCCAUACUGUUCAGCACGAGGGCUUCCUGCUGCGCAAGCGCGAGCUUGACGCCAACCGCAAGUCUUCCAACCGGUCCUGGGUGAGCCUGUACUGUGUGCUCAGCAAGGGAGAGCUGGGCUUCUACAAGGACUCCAAGGGACCGGCAUCAGGGGGCACACACGGCGGGGAGCCACUACUCAGCCUGCACAAGGCCACCAGCGAGGUGGCCAGUGACUACAAGAAAAAGAAACAUGUCUUCAAGCUCCAGACCCAGGAUGGCAGCGAGUUUUUGCUCCAAGCUAAAGACGAGGAGGAGAUGAACGGCUGGCUGGAAGCUGUGGCUGCCUCGGUGGCUGAACACGCUGAGAUAGCCCGCUGGGGCCAGACGCUACUCACAACGUCGUCCACAGACGAGGGCAACCCCAAGCGGGAGGCAGGGGAGCGCAGGGCCAGCGGGCGCCGGAAGUGA